AUGAGGUCGAUAAGCGUUAUCUUCGCCGUUUUGGCGGCGAACAUGUGUGCGGUGUCAGCAACGGUUCAGUGGAAGGAUUCGAUAUCGAGGUUCAGCACGGAUUUGCUACGGAAAAAACAUCGAAAUGAGCAGACACAAAAGUUCUCGACCAUUAUGAACCGGCUAAAACCUGCUUUGGGAAAGGACCCGACGGAGAACCCGCUUUUCGUAGAGCUGCCAAUGGACCACUUCAGUGCCGACAAUAAGGAUACUAUCAGCUGUCGGUACUUCGUUCAGGAAUCUUACUAUAAGCCCGGUGGGCCCGUUAUCUUUCACGAUAUUGGUGAAUCGUCAAUUGGGCCGUACGCCAAGGGAUUGGUUGAUGAAGACGAGUUUUCAGUGGCAAUGGCUAAGCGAUUUAAUGGGCUGCUGAUUCUUUUCGAGCAUCGUUUCUAUGGUCAAUCCGCCCCGACUACCAAGACUUCUCAAAGCCUGGCACAAGCGUCUAGACGUCAACUUACCGAGUUUUUCAAAUUCCAUACCAUCGAACAGGCAUUGGAGGAUGUGGUUUAUUUUGCAAAGAAUUUCACCUACGACCUUGAAGAGUACCCAAAGCAGGUUCUGACGCCAGAUAAAACGCCGUGGAUAUGGAUCGGCGUUAGUUAUAGCGGGGCCAGAGGUGCUUGGAUGGCGAAGCGGAAUCCAGGGUUGUUUAAGGCAACUCUGGCCUCGUCUGCUCCAGUUCAGUUGAAGGUGAACUUUUGGGAGUACUUUACCGCAAUUGAAGAUGCGCUUGCUAUCCAAAAUAAGAACUGCUCCGCAGAUUUGACGGCUGCCGCAAGAUGGCUGUCUGGUGCUUGGGAGAACAGAGAUAGCAGCCUUGUAGAUCAAUUAAUCGAUGCCGUUUACGAAAAGAACUGGGAGGAAUCACUGGAACAGUACGACCCGGAUUCUCAAGAAGUUUGGGAUGUCCGAAGGGACUACUUGCAAGAUGCUGCCUGGACACCGUUCGCUGACUUCCAGUAUUAUGGUGUCAAUGGCGGUACACUGGGUGUAUUCUGCGAUAUAAUGGAAACUUCUUAUUCCGACAGAGGUGGCCCAGAAGGUGUUUUUGCGGCCGAAAGUCUUGCACGUGCCGUUACAGCAUACGCGAAAGCUGUCGCUGCUAUCAGCCCGUACAGCUACACCAGUAGUCGACAACGUGCGCAAAGCAAAGAAAAACGACAAUUCGAAAUCGGAACAGAGUCCCUCGACGAUAAGCUCGACGAUUACUCGUGGCUCUGGCAAGUUUGUACCGAGUUUGGAGCCUUCCAAGUCGCCAAUACCUCCCGCCCUGAGAAUCUUCUUCCUUCAUUUAUCAAUGUCCAGAGUUCAAUAGAUUCGUGCAUUAGCACGUUUGGAGAGUCGGAGCAAGUCAGCAAAGCAGGACCUAAUGUCGACCCUAUCAACCAAAAGUAUCAGGGAUGGUACGUCCAACUCUCAAACACAAUGUGGACAAACGGUGAAUUCGACCCUUGGAAAGCCCUAUCCGUUGACUCUGAGGAGGAGGAUGCGCCUACUAAUGAUACCGCCACAACCGACAUUCCCCAAUGUGGAAAAACAUUUCCACAAGGCACACAGCUUCGAUAUGUCAUCAAGGACGGCUACCAUGGAUCGGAGUUUAGUGAAGAUGUUGUCACCAAUACUCCGGGAGAUCUUGACGGCCUUGACCCUACCAAUACGAUCCGAUCACUCACAGCGACCAGGACCAGGACCCGUACCAAAGUAACUGCGACUGGUACUCCAGUUGUCGAUGCAAUAAAUGCGCAAAACCUUUGGUUUGAUGCCAUGAGCAGUUGGUUACCAUGUACAACGCUGCAAUUCAACCUUGAUGGGAGCUCACCCGAAACAACCACUUCGAUGCCAUUUACGUCGAGAACGCCGUUCCCAACCGGUAGUUCCGACGAGGCGACAGAGACAAGUGGGUCUAGUGACAGCAGCGGUGAUAAGAAAAAUGCUGCUUCGUCAAUAGUUAUCCCAUCUUUGAUGUUACCGUUCUUUGUUUCAAUUUUUGCAUUUUUAGCGGGGAUCAGAGUACUUGUAUAA